GAAACGUACCAUCCACUGGCACACGUGUUUUUCACGCUCCUCCCCCAAAUUUACCACGGACCGUCGCUAAGGGGGGUUAAAGUAGGAAGUCCCAACUCCCCUCGAGGCACGUUUUCGUGUAAUUGAAGAAAGAAAAGACAGAAUAGGUUCGGUCAAUCUUCAUUUACGACCUGGGCCAUUCAGGUGACAAAAGGAGGAUACUUCGCAAGGCGAUCAAAUCAACACCAUAGUCUGACAGUGAUCUCAGGUACAACACCCCAACCAAGAUUAAGGCAGACACGGCAGGCAACACCAGAAGACGUGCGAACCCCAGUGGCGACACAACUCCUGCAUCCUCCGUUUUUUUUUAUAUCAGGAUUCAAAGUUACCACACUGACAAAGUGUCAUCAAACCUCUCAGCUGCAUCAUCAAGAAGAUUUCCUUCUUAGAAAGAGUAUUUAGAAAUACACGAGCUGAACUGGAACCAACCAUAGGUGUUCAGAAAAAUAUUUUAAGACACUGAAACAUUUUAUAUUUUGAAAAUGACCACAGGAACAGAUGAGAAGACCAGGGAUAGUGAACAGCAAGAAACUUGCAGCCAAGUUAAGGUCACUCUUCAAGACAAAGAGCUCUGGUCAAAAUUUAAGACAUUGACCAACGAAAUGAUUGUCACUAAAACUGGAAGGCGAAUGUUCCCAGUAUUAAAGGUAAAAAUCAGCGGACUCGAUCCAGAUUGCAUGUAUUCUCUCCUGGUCGACUUCAUCCAAAUGGAUAAAACACGCUGGAAAUAUGUGAAUGGGGACUGGGUCCCUGGGGGAAAGGCUGAGGCCCCAGCUCCAGAUUGUGUGUACACCCAUCCAGAUUCCCCAAACUUUGGGGAACACUGGAUGAAACAGCCUGUUACGUUUGACAAGAUCAAACUGACUAAUAAGAUGAAUGGUCAAGCACAGAUAAUGCUGCAUUCGUUGCAUAAAUACGAACCAAGGAUUCACUUAGUGAAGGUUGGAAGUCGCAACGAAAGAAAAAGUAUGUCGACAUUCAGUUUCCAAGAAACGCAGUUCAUAGCAGUCACAGCAUAUCAAAACGAAGAGAUCACAUCAUUGAAGAUCAAGUAUAACCCAUUUGCCAAAGCCUUCCAGGAUAUCAAAGAAGCCGCCAAAAGUACCAAUUCCUUAGAUGGACAGGAUAGCAACCGCCAUGGUUCCCCAACACAAAACAUUACCAGCACGUGGUCACUACCCACUUCCACAGCAGGUAUCAUGUCACCACCCAGAGCACACUUUCCCGCGCUGGGAAUGUUAGAAGACCGUCUGCAAACUUUGCGAAAUCAAAACAGAUUUAGCCCCUACCAGAGGAGACCACACGCCCAUGGUCUUCCUACACACGUGGACCUGACUUCCAGUUCUAUGCCAGUCUUCAACUUCCCUGAUGCUUGGGGGUCUGCACCAACCCCAGCGGCGUGCUUCGGCCGAACUCCCACACAGCCGCCAUCACACCAGCCCUCAUAUCCACUGUGGGCAGCGAUGGGAAACUUUUCUCCGCCAUCGAACUGCGCCAUGGCCCAGUACUUCCACAACCCCCAGAACUAUGCGCCCAUCUCCCAGAUUUCACCCGCCACUCAGGCUCUCUCAAACGCCACAGGCACUAUGGACAUGUCAGCGUCAUCUCGCCUACCGACUCAGAAUUUAAACCCUCAGAAAAUAGGUAGUCAUAGUAACAUGAUAAAAACAACAAAUUAUAGCGGGCAUGAUGCCCAGGCAGAAUGGGCGAUGACGUUUCAGGGGAUCACUGCUGCAGCUGCGUCCAGCGAACCGAAGAGGCCGCUCUGGGAGACUCUACAUGUCCUUCCGCAACUCUGACUCCGAGGUUGACAAAAUUACCGAGCUCAUUUUUCAUUUAUUUCAUAGAGAUAGACUCAAUAUUUUAGCAUAAACUAAACACAGUGAUAAUACUCAGGGGUAUUUUUGUGAUAUUUUAAAAAAAGUUUGGUAGGCUUACCUCAUGCUUUAAUAUACUAAUGAUAAAACUGUGAAUGGCCGGCAACUAAAGACUUCGUCGUGCAACAUUUAAUAGGCUUGUGGGUUUAACAAGCUCACGAGUAAUUAGUUUAAAGAUCUUUCAUGCUUCAUAUGAAUUUUUAGCUGACAUUGAAUUAUCUUUCAUUAAAAGUGACAAAUACCAUUUCUUAAGACAGAAUAUAGAGCAAAAAUUCUCUAUUUGUACAAGAAUGUAUAUAUAUAUAUUAAAUAUAACGUAAAAUAGUAUCAAAUAUUGCAACUUUGUGGAUUAUGGAUCGAAUCGUGUCUUACAUUGAAAUUUUAGCAAUAAUCCCCAAAGGUAAACACAAAUUAAAAAGAAGUGUGGUUGGCUAAUUAUAUUUUCUGUUCAUAAUAAUAUGGUAAGUAAUAAAAACACCUACAGGGUUGCUACAGACCUACGCGUUUGAAAA